AAUGAUAAUUGUUAGAUGGCUCAAGUCUGUUUGUUUUCCAAGCUUUUUCUUCAAGUCUUCAUGAAAUAACAAUUUCAUUUAUGGAUUUGCCGUCGAUCAUUGGAUGAAUCACAUGAAGGCGACGUCAGUAACCAGGAAAGGCAUCCAUGACAAGUCAUUGGUUGAAGAGCUUUUGCCAGAUAAUGUUGCUGCAGGAGUGAAACGAAAGCAGUCUAAGAAGCGCAGGAGAUUAGAAGAAAGAUCGGAAGAAGGGGGAUUGGAGCCUGAAGCCCAACUCGUUGCGUUUCAGCAGCGUUACGAGAUAGCUGAUGAAGAAAGAAAAUCUAAGAAGCAACCAUUCGUCGAGGGAAUUUCAUCUAUUGGGAGUGCUCUGGAUAGCGCCUCAUCAGACGAAGAGGAAGAAGAAGAUAUGAGGAGCUUAGGGAGCAGGAGCGUCGUAGGUGGUGAAGAUUAUGGUUUGACGGAGGAAGAAGAACGUUGUCUGCAACUGUUCGAGUCGGAGAAUUAUUUAAAGAAGGAUGAAAGUUUCUCCACAGAAGGACCGACGUUAGCUUCACUUAUCUUGCAAAGAAUGGAAGAAUUUGAAGCUUCGAAGAGAGGAGAGAAUCAGAGUUUGAGCCAUAGCAGUGCAGUUCCUCCCAACGUUCGUGAACUCUAUUGCAAAGUAGGCGAUGUAUUGAAACAUUAUCACUCUGGAAAGUUACCAAAGGCUGUGAAAAUGUUGCCUUCUGUUGCAAGUUGGUAUCAGCUUUUGAGUUACACAAGACCAAGUGAAUGGAGCACGGCUUCUGUUUAUGUUAUGACGAAAUUAUUUAUUGCCAAUUUAAAAAGCAACGAGGCGCAACGUUUCUGUUCUUGGAUUUUAUUGCCUCGUGUCCAUGAAGAGAUAAUGAAGCGAAAGAAACUAAAUUUUCACUUUUAUCAGGCAUUGAAGAAAGCUUUAUUCAAACCAGAAGCUUUCUUCAAGGGUAUUAUUUUUCCUCUUUGUGAAAGUGGAGAAUGUACAGCACGUGAAGCUACUAUACUUGGCUCGAUUCUCCUCAAGUCAUCCAUACCUGUAUUGCAUUCAGCCUCUUGUCUAUUGAAACUUUCUUCAUUUUUGUAUUCACCAGCUGUGGUGAUAUUCAUUCGCAUUCUUCUUGAGAAGAAAUAUGCCCUUCCGUCGAAAGUUAUCGACAGUGUCUAUCAAUUUUUUCUUUCUAAACAGUCAGAAAAAAGUCAAAGCAUGCCAGUGUUAUGGCACCAUGCACUUCUUGUUUUUGUACGCUUCUAUCAUGAGACUCUUACUGUAGAACAAAGAAAACAACUAAGAACCUUGGUGACCAGACAAUCACAUCCAGGCGUAACCCCGGAAAUCAAAUCGAUACUUUCUGCAUCAGUAAGUAGCUUAGACAACGUGAAUAAUAGAGAUGUCAUGAAUUUAUAGAAAGAGAGAAAAAUUUACGUAUUUCUUUAAAAAAAGGCUUCAGUUUGUAUUAUGGAAUGUUGAAAACCU